AUGGCGCCAUCCACCGUUUUCGCAUACUGGCGUCGCGAUCAUCGCCGGCAAGCCUCGUCUUCUCGUCCAGACUCUCCGCUGGCAGUCGCGCCUACAGUGAGCUCUGCAGACAGUGGUCCUCCCCAGUUACCACAGCUCCCGUCAACGCCUACGUUGUCAGAUACGAUCAUUGAAUCUGCGGGGCUGUCCGACUCGCUUUCGCCUUCUCCAUUUACCGAACAUCCCCCCGACGUACCUAAGGUGGAUGGCCGUGGUUCGCAUGGCCAAAGUGCCCGACACUCUUCUGCCAACUUUCCAGUGCCAUCGCCGUCUUCCGAGGAUCCUGCGCGCCCUCAUUCGAGUCCAGAAAAUGGUGUGAAGCAAGGCGGAUUUACCUCGCAGCUGAACCACUCGCAGCAGUCUAUUCCAGUACACAGACCGGACCAUUCGGAAAUGAAUUCCCACAAGCCGAGUUCCCCAUGGCGGCGGGGGUUUGGCAAAGGCAUCCUAAGCCACCAGGCUGACGAUCAUAAAGGUGGUGCUUCUCAUGGUGGCACGGCAGGAAGUGGCUUGCGUAUCAACACAACUGCACAAGGCGCCGGGCGAUCGUCGACGAAGGAAUCCAAGCUCGAAAGCGUGUCAUCCCGGCGGGAAGGUCACCAUCAUGAUCCACCUGCGGAACACGUCCAUCAGAAGUCCGGAAAGACAAAGUUCCAUCUUUUGAAUCCUAUGUCCCUUCUGGCUCGGCGGCGGUCUUCACAGUUUUUGAGCUCACGGCAGGAGGAGGUUAAAUUUGCCGCUCAGAGCGUGGUGCCUGCUAUCCCAGAUGACUACGAUCCUCGGAUCCGGGGGAAUAUCGUGCACGAUUUCUCUGCUCCGCGUCCGCGCCGCAAUGUCCCAGUCAAAGGGAGCGGCCAUGAGCCACAGGCUUCUGCUCAAGAAUCAUCUGGCGCUGAGCAGCAGAAGCCGUGGAGCGAGCACUCGCCAGUCUUUAAGGAACAUUUCGGGGAAGACCGCAAGCCUUUGCAGGUCGAAAACAAAGGCUAUUUACAGUCAGAAUUGAUGACCAAUUCGACCCUCUCCGAUCGGGAUCCUUCCGAGCUGCCAGCGUUUGCCCGGAAACUCCCUUUGAGAGUACCGGAGAAUGAUAAUAGCAAGCCAGUCGAGCAGACAAUUGAGGUUCCUAAUCCGGAACCACGUCCACCAUCACCGCCACGCGAACACUCCCCUCCUCGUCAUCCUCCCAAGGAAACAACCGAUGCCGCCCAACAGGCGCCUGGCGUGCCUAGCCGUCUCAAGAGCGAUGCCUCGAGGUUCAGCUUCGAUAUGGGCGGCGUUGGUUCGUCGGUCCAGGAAAAGCUCCUGGAAGAGAAACACAAGGAGAAGGAGGCGGCGCGCAGGCAACAGGCUCUGCUGGAACGUUCGAGCUAUAGUGAUUUCGAUGAAGACGACUUCGAUUAUGAUGCGAUGGAGGAUGAUGGGGGCAUCGAGGAGAAGAUUCCUGGGGUGAAUGCGGACGCGGACGACGAUGAAUUUAAUAGCGGUGUCCACGGCGUCGUAGGAACCGCCCAGACGUCUUUGUUCGUCCCCGCGUUACCUACGAUCGCCGCCAGUCCGAUCAGUCCUACAGGUUCUCAUUCGGGGAUCCUUGCAAAACCGCAGGAUGCCCAGGGCCAAGCGGCUGGAAAUGUGACGACUUCCGAUCCCACUUCCCUGAAUCAACGACGGCCUUCAUCCGAUUAUGGAGAUGAUACGGAUGCAGCGGGACAGAAGAUUGGUCCAGGCUCAGAGUCUGCACCGGCCGCUGCUGGAAACAAGGAAGCCAAGGCCUCGCAGUCGAUUGAUGACGAUGACUUGUACUAUGACGACGGAGGCUUUGACGAGUUACCUGCUGAUGCGGGUGAUGGCGUCUUUGAUGAAUCCGUCUUUGACGAUGAGAACAGCCACCUGUAUCAACGCAAGUUCUACCCUGGAACCCGUAUCCCCAUUGGAACCGAGGGCCUGCCUGGUCCCGACCAUCCUGAAGGACCCGUCGAGUCUGAAUCAUCGAAAAACUCGGACCUCCGACACAUGCCAAGCCUGGCGAGCGAGUUUCGACAUGAUCCUUCGAGGUUCUCUGGUGCAGAGGCCCCUAAAGCUACUGGCGGCGUCUUGACGGAGCAGAACCUGGAGGCGUUCCACAACGCUCUUGCUCGGGUGGCAGAAGAAGCGGCGGCCGGCAAGGGCCUCCAGCGGAACAUGAGCGUCAGUGAGACGUCUCUGGGCCAGGAUAGCGCUGCGCAGACGGCGGACUCCCACCCGGGGCUGAUCUCGGACGACAGCCGACUGAGCCACCAGACGAUGGGAUUUGACGACGUGGCUGACGACUUCAAUUACGACGAUUACGACGGAUACGACGAUGACCCCAUUAUUGCAGAGGCGAACGCAGAAGCUCUGGAAAAUGACGACGAGGGCUUCUACGGGCGGGAGUUUGGGUUCUACGCACAUGCCCAUGGGAACUGCGAUCCUGAGCCCUUCCACGGCGGAUAUUUUGGCCCUCGAGGCGUCGAGGGGAUCAACCGCAGCCACAGUGGGCGCGGCAAUUUCCGCGAGCCCAGUCUGACGCCCAUCACGGAAAGGAGCGAAUGGAGCACGCGCAACUCGAUUAUCUCGCUGACCACGCACGGGGCGGCGGCAGCGGCGCAAUCCAACCCGUCGCUGUCGAGCCCCGGCCUGGCCCAGUUGGUCGACAUGGGGAACAUCGACGAUGAAAUGUCACUGGAAGCGUUGAUGAAGCUCCGCCGGGGCGCCUUCGGAGGUAGCAAUGGCAGCCUGCGCAGCAGUGCAGGCAGUCUGUCUCCACAGGCUGCACCCGCGGCUUCGUCCAACCGAUGUAGUUUCCUCAGCAUACCCGAGGACGGCCCGAUGUUGAACACGACGGCGGAGGGCUCGUCUCCUCUGGCCGACCCAACGGGCGCUCCGGGCGGCGGACACUAUGUCUCGUCGCCAUUGAUAGACCGGGAGAGCAUCCCGGGGAGCCCGACGCUCACCUUGCAUCAACCUGCGGGCCUCCGACAGGGCUUGACGGGUGAGGGAGGAGAAGCUGUGCGGGCCGCUGUGACGGCAGCCAAGGCGUCGCACAGCCGGAACAGCAGCUCUGCGAGCAUCAGCUAUGUCCAGGAGACCAACGAGGAUGGGUCGAGCAAGUGGGUGUUGGAGCGACGGCGGCUGAGCGACAGCGGGGAGGUCGAGGUGUAUGAACGGGAGGUGUUGGGAGAGGGACGGAUUUGA